AACGGGAGUAUUUGUCCCUUCACAUGCUGUUUGUUCGGUUUCUACUAGACCUUCAGCUGGCGGAUUUCUUGGCGUGAAAUUUAAGGUCAAGUUGGUAUUCCCUUUCCCUCCUCUGCAUCCUCGGUACCACACAAAUCCAAACAAUCAAGCAACAUGACGCUCCCAACUCACCACCAAGUAGCUGUCUGGGUACGAGACGACACCUCACCCCAUAAAUUCCACUUCCAAACCACAACCGCGCCUCUGCCCGUCCCCGGCCCGCAAGAAGUCCUCGUCAAAAUCUCCUGCACAGGCGUCUGCCGUUCAGACAUCGCUCUCGCAGCCGGCGAACUUGGUCCCUGUACCAGCAUCCUCGGCCACGAAGGCGUAGGUCGAGUUGUCUCCCUCGGAUCCGGCAUCUCAGACUCGCAAGUCAAGAUCGGGACCCGGGUUGGGGUCGCGUGGCAACGAGAUGUGUGCGGCACGUGCGAAAUGUGUUUGUUGCCUGACGGGGAAAAUCGCUGUCUAGAGCAGAUGACAGGUAGGAAGGUGGAUGGAACGUUUGCUGAGUACACGGUUGUGCCGUAUCGGUAUCUCACUCCUGUCACAGAGGAAGUUGAGGAUCAGCUUAUUGCACCGGUUUUGUGUGGUGGUGUGACCAUUUAUAAGGGGUUGAAGAUCUGUGGCGCGACGCCUGGACAGUGGGUUGUUAUUGCUGGAGCUGGUGGCGGUGUUGGAUCUUUGGGCAUCCAGUAUGCAAAGGCGAUGGGGUAUAGAGUCAUUGCUAUUGAUGCUGGAAAAGAGAAAGAGGAGUACUGUAGGCAGCUGGGCGCUGAGGUCUACGUCGACGUCACAAGUGGAAAAGACACAAUUGCCACUGUUCGCGAGAAGAGCGGUGGGCAUGGAGCAGCAGCUGUUCUGGUGACUGCGGGGUCAGGAAAAGCCUAUCAAGAUGCGAUCUCAAUGUUAGGUCCUUUCGGAACUUUGGUGUGCAUAGGCAUUCCUCCCCCAGCGCAAACAGUCACUUUCCAUCCUAUCACUUUCAUCGAUCUCGGAAUCAGGAUCAUCGGAUCGGCUGUGGGAACGAGACUUGAUAUUCGGGAAGCUUUAACCUUUGUACAGAGAGGAUUGGUCAUGCCGAAGGUGCAUAUGGCGAAGUUGGAAGAACUGUCUGAGAUUGCAGAGCAGAUUUCUUCUGGGAAGGCUAUCGGAAAAUUCGUGGUUCGAUUUGACUCCGGGUCACCUUUGCUUUGAAUGCCAUUGAUCCACGAGCGAAUGCAUUGUUGGAAUUACAUAAUCUAUCCUGAUACUCCAUGUGUAUAAGUAUACAUUCAGUGACUU